CACACCCCACCGAGUGAGCUGGAAGACCCAGGGGAAGGCCGAGGCUGCGGUGCCCACAUGAUCAGCACAGCCAGGGUGCCUGCGGACCGGCCGGUGCGCAUUGCCUUCAGCCUUGACCAUGCCCCAGAUGGUGCGCCCCCCGAAGACCCCUCUCCUCUGGCCUUUCCAGAACUAGACCAGCAGCUGCAGAGCACGUUGCUGUCAUUCUCGCGGUGCCGCCUGGUAACCUGCCAGCGGAACAGAAAGGAGCUGGUCGCCAAGCUGGCGCAGGCCGAGAAGGAGAAAGGGGACGCGGCCCAGCUGGCCCGCGAGUUCGAGGCGCUGACCGAGGAGAACCGCACCUUGAAGCUGGCCCAGUCCCAGUGCGUGGAGCAGCUGGAGAAGCUCAGGAUCCAGUAUCAGAAGAGACAGGGCUCGUCCUAG